AGAGCUGAGACAAGAUGGCGUGGCAGGGGCUGGUGCUGGCUGCUUGCCUCCUGGUGCUCCCCUCCACCGCAGCAGACUGCCUGUCCCGGUGCUCCUGGUGUGCGGUGAAGACCCAGGAUGUGUCCAAACGCAUCGACCCCGUGAUUUGCUUCCUGGAAUGCCAGGCUGACCUGCUGUCCUCUGAAGAGUGGGCAUUAUGCCAGGGCCUUCUGGCUUUUCUUACUCCCUUCACCCCCGGGCUAAGUGGCAUGGAAGACGUGGGGAGCGAUGCAACUUUGGAAGAGCCCUACAGUGAGCUGGUCAAGCAAGCUGAACCCGUUCUGAAGGAGCUGGAGAAAAACAGACACCUCCUCAGCACCCCAGCAGAGGAGAAGGCUCAGGGCAGGAGCCUGGCAGAGAAGCUCAGCGAUCUCUCUAGCAGGCUGGGGGAGGGAGCAGAGUCUGAGCUGAUGGAGGGCACCCAGCCAAAUGAUGGUGCCAUAGAGGCUGGAGCACCAGCUUCUAAUGAGGAGGACCCCCAGGAGCAGGUCAAACGCUAUGGGGGCUUCUUGCGCAAAUACCCCAAGAGGCGUUCAGAGGUGGCUGGGGAGGGUGACCAGGAGGAGGUGGGCCAUGAGGACCUGUACAAACGCUAUGGGGGUUUCCUGCGGCGCAUCCGUCCCAAGCUCAAAUGGAACCUAAAAAAGCGUUAUGGUCGUUUUCUCCGGCGCCAGUUCAAGGAGGUAACCCGGUCUCAGGAAGACCCCAAUGAUUACUCCACAGAUCUUUCUGAUGAGUAAACAUCUCUACAUCACGGUUGAGCCAGGAGCUCCCCCCGACACCCUUCCAGAUUGGUGUGCACUUGUCACCCUUCCCUAUGUGCCCUGUCCCCACAUUCAUUUAACGUUGUCUCUACCACAUCCAGACCUAGCCUGCCUGCCUUCUGCUAGGAGUGCAGUGUUUGUCGAGGGUCAGUGGGAGGGAAGGAUGGAGCUUCUCUUAGUAGGCUUAGUGCUUGACUCAGACCCUAGACCUCCACACUACUGCCCACAACAGCUUUGGAUAUUAGCCCCUCCACCCCGUUCUUGUGACUACCCAAUUCCAGGAAUCCAGACUGGCUUCUGGACCUGACUUUUUCCUAAUCCUUUUAGAUCUAUGAUCUCCAAAGUUUGCUGAUCACAUGGCCCUCUCAUAUAGAUAUGUUCAUUUAUACACAUAUUAUGAAACAUACAAAAGGCAGGCAUUUAAAACAAAAUAGAUAAACAAAUAGAAAUCCUGAAAUUUUAUUUCCAAAUGUGAAAGGAUCACCCUGUGCCUACCACUUGGGAGACCAGACCAUGGUUUAGGUUAAAAAUUUAAAUACCACAUUUGAUUGGAGUAGGAAUUCCUACAUUCGAGAGUUUGAUCUUCUGUGGGUUAUAUGUUUAGUCAGUGUACUCUGAGUUCUCGAUGUUUAGGAAUAUCCUGAGUCCCUGGACACUUGUCCAGGUCGGUACCGUGGACAGCGCCCAACUCCUCAAAGAAGGCAGUGAAACUCUAUUUCCUAAUGCUUAGUGAGAGCCUUCUGAAUGCUGAAAUGAUCAAGAAGUGAGCCAGGGAAACCAAUUUGCUCUGUGUAACAAACUCAAAAUGUGGACCAGUUCCCUCAGCUCUCAUUAAGCUAAUUAAACUGAUCGGUAUCACACUCCCACCCCAGGAUGAACUGAAGCUGAGUCAAGUUGAUGAGGUUAAGCACAACCAUGUUCUUGAGCAGCUGAAUCGGCAGCCAAGAGUCCAAGCCAUCUGGUCAAACAUAUGCAUUGGGCAUUGGGUAAGAGAAUUCAGAAGCAACAGCUAGAAAGAGAAAAUGGCUCUCUCCAACCCCCCAAUGAUGUUUCCUUUUAAUGUCUCAAAAUAAAACCAAGCAGAGGAAUGAAAUGAUUAAGUACUUGAGGCCAAAUGAGUUCCCUUGGUUCAAAUAACCCAGAAUCAGGGGCAGAGACCUCCCAAUGUCUUGGUUUCAAUGACAAUCUCUCUCUCUCUCUCUCUCUUUUCUGGUCACUAUGGCUUGCUUUGUGAAUCCAGGUGUCUACUUAUAGGACAGAAAAUGGACUUGACUUUGGUCAAUUUUCUAAGAUGCUACUGAACACACUUCUUUGUGGGCAAUCCCCAGGUGUCUCAUGGUGUUCUGAGAUGUAUAGAUUGUUUUAGGGUUACUUUAUGUGCUUUUUAAGAACUCCAUUUAUGUGAUUGUAAUUUGCUUGGUCCUUAAUAGGCCUAUAUUAUUUCCUACUCCAGUAUAAUAAAUAAA